GAACUGCUACAUGUGUCAAUUGGCAUUGGGUUUCGAGUCAAAACGGAAAUCGGCACUGCUGCGUGUGUCAGAGCGUGAUCUCGCGGGAUUCGAGUGCUUGGGUCGGAUCGCAGCUCAAUUUUAACUAGAAUCCGAGACCCGAGCCGCUAACGAUGCGAAUAAAGCGCCGGAAGCUGUUGGUCUACUGGGCAGCCCUGCAGGCAGGCAGCAGCCUAUUCACCUAUUUGCUGCUUCUGCUGACACAACACCAAGCAAUGGGCGGCAUCGUGCCCCCGCCCUGGAGUGACCCGGCAAAGAAUCCUUGCGCUAGCAUGGCCGGCGGCUGGCAGCUCCUCUACUGGACGCCGCUAAAGAAAUGCUUUAAGAUCUUCACGCUUGGCUACCCUUGUCCGGACACUAUGGAACUCAGUCCAACAGCAACAAGCGCUAAGAGGAAAAAUGUCCCAGCAGCCGAGUGUCGCUGCCCACCGGGCACGGCGCUUAGUGCGCUCACCGAUGCUUGUCACAAACUCUAUGACCGCGGACCCUGUCCGUACGGCGAGUACUUUCAACCCGUUCCAGAGCAAGCCAAGAGAGCUGACAAUCGCUGGGGCAGCUGUAAGCGCCCACUUCAUUGCGACGAUGGGAUGCUGUUCUGGCCAAGAGACGGCAAGUGUUACCCGAAAUACUCGAAGGGUCCGUGCACUCGAGGAAAGCUGCUGGCACGCAACGAUGAUGGCUUGGCCGAGUGCCGCUGUGAACAGCGAGGGGAGCUGCGACCAUACUACUAUGCGUUAGAGGAAUCCUGCUACGAGCACUACACUAUAGGACCCUGCUCAACGCCUGGUCACCUAUUCCUGCCAGGCGGCCGCUGUGACUGCCAGCGACAUCUGCCCCACUAUCACGCGCCCCAUCAGAUGUGCUACGAGCUUGACACUCCAGGUCCUUGUCCACCUGGCCAUGUCUUCCGCAUACCCGAUGAUAUUGAGGCAGGUCAAGAGUCGAACACGCAGAUCUCACCGCAUGCCAAGUGCAUGUGCAAGGAGGGAUACGUGCCGUGGACCGACGGCCUGUGCUAUCGCCUGUACACACGCGGUCCUUGUGAGGCCAACGAGUUUCUGGUUAAUCAAACCUCGUGUGUACGCAACUUCUGCGGCAAAAAUCGGCUCUAUUUCCCUGCGGAAGACUCAUGCUACAGAAUCGGCUCUCAGGGACCGUGCUCUCUGCACCAAGUGGUAGUGUUUGAUUUUACAGCACGGCCAUCUAUAGAUGGAAUCUCUUACAACGGCAUUUGCGGAUGUGCGGGUGUCAUUACAAACUUUGACCAGAAGUGCUCAACCAGCAGCGAUCAGGAGAAGAACUUUUGCGAGGCGACGCCCGGAAUGGUUGAAAUGAGUGGCCAGUGUCACAAGCUUUACACGCGAGGACCUUGUGGUGCCGGCCAAUGGCUGGAGCCGCUGAAAACACAAACAACCAAUGGCACUGCGCUAUUUGGCUAUGCCAGCAGAGCGAAGUGUGUGUGCCGACCAGGCUAUACGCCAACCGAGAGAGAUCACGGCGGAACGCACAGCUGCAGCGCACCCAGCGUAAGCCUGGCGAGGUAUUUAACCAUCGAGCGUCGAAACUCGAAUUUCCUCACUGAAUCACCCACUUUAGACCCCAGCAACAGUGUUUCCUUAACCUAUCCUCUGUCUGUGGGUUUGCGUUGAUUUCCUAUUGUUUGUUAUCCAACUCUCAUCGC